AUGAGCCUACAUCAGCGAGGGCUGGAAGCUGGUGACAACUUCACAAAAUCGACAAGUUGGAAUUUUGCUAUACAGAAAGAACCAGAUGUGCUUUGUGAUCAAAACCCGGAACAAUCAAAUAGGAAACAUAGUGAUGAUGAACGAAAGGGAAAGAAAAAAUGGAAAGAAAGAGAAGGGGAAGAAAAAAAGGAGGAACUAGAAGAGAAACUGGAAGAAGAACAAGAAAUGGAAGAAGAAAAUGAAGAACAACAUCCCCAGGAAAGAUUAGUCAGUAAGCCCCUCAUGGAUACUCUCUGGGCAACAUUUAAGUUAAACAAAUGCCCCACAAUGGGAGAUAGCCGAUCACUUGCAUUUGAAUUUAAUAUGACAGUAAAACAGAUAAAGCAGUGGUUUCAUAAAAGGAGGAAGAAAUACAAUAAAGUGAUGUACAAGAGGAAACAUAAGAAGAGACCUAAGAGGUAA